AUGCUGGAAACCUCGGUCCAGUCACGACAAUGGCGCAACUCGUUUUCACUACAAAUUGGACGUCGGGGUGAAUGCCGUGUAUUGGCUGAAACCUUGGACGGAUUUAAAUGUCUUCUCAAGUAUCUUACUGAGAAGAAGCACAAAUUUUUUACUUACGACACCAAAACUGAACGUGUGUUCAAGGUUGUCAUGAAAGGACUGCCCAGUGGUGAAUCCCUGGAUCAGAUCAAAGAUGAACUGGCAAAAUUACUUGGAGUUGUGCCACUCCAAGUAAUCAAAAUGAAAAUGAAAUCCCGUCCUGGCGAUUCGCGCAACGGGAUUUCUAAUGAUUUUUAUUUAGUUCACUUCAAGUCUAGUGAACUAAACAACCUUAAGGCCUUAGAAAAAGCUAGCCUUAUGCUCCAUGUCCGAGUGAAGUGGGAACACUUCAGGAAGACUGGAGGAAAUUUCCAAAACCUCACCCAGUGCCGUAAGUGCCAGGGAUGGGGUCACGGAACUAAAAAUUGCUACAUGCCAGCUAAAUGCAUGAAUUGUGGUGAUUCCUCUCACGCAAAGGACGACUGUCCUGUGAAGGAAGAUCCUAAGAAAUUUAAAUGUUCAAAUUGUGGUGAAAACCACAAAUCCAAUUUUUGGGAAUGUAAGACUCGCAAAGCGAUCCUACAAUCU